AUGUUGAUUACUCUAGAAUGCAUUCUACUUGCGUUGCAAGCGGUUUCUGCAGUUCGAGUUUCAUUACACUCACCAAUUGGAACUACCAGUCAAUCAAGCAAUAGGCUAUCAAAACGAUCACCUGUUCAAUUGGGUAGUGACAUUGGCCAAUGUUUCACAAUGAAAGUCAAUGUUAAUGGAGUCGGUUUGAGUUUACGAGUCGAUUCAGAUAUCUCUGAUAUAAUCAUACCACUUCCCAGUUCAAGCAACGAUGUAGGUUUGACUCCAGAAAGUAUUUCAAAUGGACAACCCAUUACUAUAAAGUACAAAUACAGUGAUUAUUAUGGAGUUAUUCCCACAGUCGCUGUGACGAUUCCAGGUACCAGGAUAACUGACACAAGUUUACCAAUACUAGCAGUUAAAAAACUAUCGGCAGAUUCAGUUGGUAUUGGUGGAACACUCAAGCAAGGAAUAUUUGGGUUUGGCUAUACCUCGUUGUCAAAUCAUCAUUCAAAAACCACUGCGAUGGAUAUUUUGUACAACAAUGAUGUCAUUCCUAAUAACGAGGUUAGUCUUCAACUAUGUCCGUAUGAUAUGACUUCAGAAAGCUUCAUCAAUAUAGGAAACACGGACGUAGCUGCAAAAUGCGGAACGAAUGGAAAAAGUAUUGCAUGGGUAGAGUCACCAUCAGACGAUCGUCAUACUGUCAACAUCAAGAGUGUACUAGUCAAUGACAAACAAGUGGAUCUACCCGAGGAAUUCCAAAAAAGGAUGGAAAAUGGACGUAUUUUGUACUCUACUGUGGAAACAUGUUUUUUAUAUAUGAGUUUCCCUGAAACAAUCGUGAAAGCGUUGGUUGAUGCUAUUGCUGAUAGUGAUGCGAUCACUGUCAAAUAUAAUGUGUAUAGAAUCGAUUUCCUCAACAGACAAGAUUUUAAUGACAUAUUUUGGAGACACCAUCUAAUGCCCGAAGCCAUUAUGUUUAUCAAGUGGAACAAGCUGCCGACGCUUACAAUUACAAUGUUUGCUGAAACCCCCGUAACUGAUGAAAAUCGCGAUUCCAUUGUAACAAUCAAACUGGGUCCUAGAGACUAUAUACAGAAAGUCGAUUUUAAAAAUUUGGUGUUUGCUGUAAAAGCUGAUUCAAAUGAUCAUGCAGUUCUUGGUGCAUCAUUUAUGAGCCGCCUUGGAUUGACAUUUGAUCGACAAAAUGCACGCAUUGGGUUUGGUCCUGGAUGUGGAUGUGAAGUCUUGACUGAUGGAUAUCCUAUUAUUUCGGACCAUUAUCGAGUGCUCUGGUCACCAUCACAAUUGCCUGAACAACCAAGUACUUCAGGUUCAAGUGGCACAUUUAUUCGCAGAAGGAAACCAACAACUACAACUGAUCAAGUAGUUGUGCCUGAAAACACUCACCACACUGUCAAAAGUCACACAACGACUCACGAUAAACUUGACUGA